UGGUACAAUACCAGCUGGCAACCUGCUUUCUCUUUUUCAAACGUUUUAUAUACCUGAUUUAUACUUGCAGUCAUCAAAAUGACAACUGCAUUUGAUGCUAAGAAAUUUCUGGAUUGGUUUGUGGCCUUCCGCGACCCUCGUGAGAUAUGGGAAAAACAUCCCACCUUCCUUCUAGGAGAGUGCAUGUUCUACCUCUUGGCUUUGCUCACUUUAGUUCAUGCUCUGCGUCAUGGAGGUCGUUUUGCCUACCUCUGGCUUGCCGUUGUGAUGCACGGUCUUACAGUCGAGAUGGUUAGCUACUGGGUACCAGACAUCGAUAACUUCUGGCAUGCACAGACAAUGAUCAUGUUCCUGGGGAAGAGGCUACCUCUUUAUGUUGUCUGUGCAUAUCCUGUAUUCAUCUACACAGCCUCGGUUGCAGUUUCCAAGUUGAGACUUCCGUCUUGGUCCGAACCCUUUGCAGUUGGUCUCAGUGUGGUGCUGUUGGAUGUUCCAUUCGAUAUCAUUGGCAUCAAGCAUCUGUGGUGGACAUGGCAUGACACCGAUCCAAACAUCUUUGACAGACAUUACUGGGUGCCUUGGACAAGCUACUACUUCCAUGCCUCAUUUGCCUGUAGCUUCACUAUCCUCUUCCACGGGACGAGGUGGCUGCUAACGAAGAGGGAGAAAUUUGAAGCAUCGAGUUUCCCAGUGGAGAUGACCUGUAACAUUAUCACUGGUGUGUUCUCAAUGCCGAUGGGUGUCCUCCAGUUUCUCCCCCUCUACCACCCUCUCCACGACAUGCUCAAACUCCACACAGAAGUCUGUGUUCUCCUGCUCAUUGGCAUCUACAUCGUCAUGGUCUGGUCAGGUGAUCGUAGCCCUGAUAGCAGUGCCAGGACUAACAGAGGCAACUGGUUGGAUGAGAUUGGUUGGGUUGUAUUCCUCCACUAUUCGUUUUACAUCCUCCUCGUUUCCUUUGGUAUGCCUGAGAAGAUCCAGUCUGUUGGCCUCCAUGAGAUGACGGGACCAUGUGGUGAAACUGAGUCAGUUAGGACAGCCUUCGGACAGGUCCUCUCAAAGAAGAAGUAUCUGUGCACCGAAAAUUACGAUGAGGGCUACUUUGAUUUCAAAUGUUUGAAAGCGCCGCCUGCCAACGGAUUAGACUGGUAUACAAUCUGCGGAAACUCGUACCCAAACUAUGAAGAGUAUGUGAUAGUUGUUAUGGCAUUCUGUUGUCUAGGUUUCUUUGUAUAUUGGCAAAUGUUGGCCAAUUCUGGCAACUUCCCUAAAAUUGGGCAUCCAGCAAAGACACAUUAUCAUCACAAGAAAGAAUAGGCACAGCAAAACAUGGGACCAAACCAAAUAACUUAUAUCAUCUUUGAUGCUGAUUAAAAUACAUUCCGUUCAGCAGGGUGUUAUUUCAAUUGGCCAAAAUUAACUAAUAUUCAACUCGGAGCUGCCAGUUGACAGUAAGUUUAUGAAUUUUUGUAAAGUAAAUUUUUGCAAUCUUCACUUCACUCUUUUGUGCUGAACGUGAUUGUAAUCUCUACUUAUUUUAAGUUGUUAUGUCUAAAAAUAUUCCUUAAUCACAGUUUUCAUGGAUUAAACUGUUUGAUAUGUAGCUAUUGUGACAUUUUAAGACAAAGUAUUAUAACAUUGAAGUAUUGAAAACAAUGGGUUCACCAAAUAUUUCUUUGGUGGAUCACAAAUGCUGUUGUUUUUUUCUCAUACCGUAUAUUUGUGCCAUAUUUAUCUAAAGCAAAAGCUUAAUUCUAUAUCCGUACCAGCUAGAAUUCUUGGUACCAGCGACCCAAAUUGGACAGCAGAGAUGUAUUGCUCCUGCACAAUGCAUUCCAUGAUUCCAGCUUGUUUUUGGUAUUAUCAGUUCUGUAAGGAUGCAGUGCUACCAUCUUAGAUUGGUUGAUUUUCUUCUGUGUUAGAAAUUUUGGUUUAGGUUUUUUUUCCAAGUUUUGCUUCAGAUUUGCAGUUGAUUUCGGUGAGGUUCGCAACUUGAUUAUAAAGUUGAAAUAAAGAUUAUGUGUGUCUGUGAUGCUAUAGGAUUUGAGCAUUGAUUUUAUUUAUCAUUAUAACUUGUGGCGUGGCAAUAUCUUCCUGCUAUACUUUCGUUACUCUGCAAUAAGUUUGGCUUUUAUGGGGGAGGUUAAUGUAUGGAACCAAAUGCUGAUGAAGCCAUUGCAACUGAAGUUUUAUCAUCUAAUCAGGUCUGUUGCCACAUUACCGGAUAGGUGCCAAGACAGUGGUAUGAUGGUACUGAGAAUCAUGACCUCGGUUAUCUAAUAUCUGUUAACUCAGACUCAAGGAGAAGCCUGUUUAACUAGGUUUUGCACUUCUCUAAGAUGAAAUCAGAACAUUUUUCACAACCUAUUUUGAUGCACCUUGCUGUGCUACAUCUUGCAGCUCAUAGAAGUUUCCAACGCAAAGACUCCCAAGCUUUCGCUUGCCAUUUGAACUUUGGUCGUAAUGUACUUUCUAAAGGACCUGUAGCUUAAUGGAUGGAUGUAGCAAUGUUUCAAAUUCUUCAAAAUCCUAGUGUGUGUUUUACUAGUGUCCGAUGUGUACACGUGUAACAUCCAAUAUCACAAAGGUCACAGUGAAUGUUGGACAAUAUGUAGUUGUACAUCUUAAGGUCAUAUCAGUCCACAUGUACGUGUAUAGGUUUUAGUGUGUUAUUUCAAUUGUGUAAUCUGUUUUCAUUUUGAUUUGUUUACUAAGAUUGUGAAAUCGAUCAUGCAUUUAUCACUGCUUCAAUCAAAUGGAAUUUAUACAAAACCAUUAAGAUGUAAAUGAUCAUAGCAAAUAAAUACCAUGUUUGAUUA